AUGGCAUUUGCAAUUUGCUUUGGCUUCGCUGUUGCUACGAUCGCGGGUGUCGCCUACGGAUAUAACUACUCUUUGGCCGAAUUUGUCACUCUAACUAGAUCUGAUGUAAAUAUGUACAUGCGUCGAGGGCAGUUCUACGACAAUCCCGAUUUAUUGUACCCUAAAAGGAGGAUGGGGGAUGAUGAAAAUGUUGAAGAUUAUCAACAAGAAGUACCAACCAUCCAUAAUCCAGGUCUCUCAGACACAUUGCAAAAGAACCAUGACACGCGAAAAUAUGCUGAAAAAGUUACAAAAUAUUCAGAUAGUCGGAGAAACUUGGUUGAUUACGAACAAGUCAAACUACCUCAGACAGCUAAAAUGCAUUUUGUAACGCCUACACACAACAUUGUUAAGAGUACAUCACCAAAAUUGUUGUUUUUUACAAUAACAAAACAAAGUGGUUCAUCGAACAUCAUAAUGAGAAUGUUUGAACCCAUCCAGGAAUUUAAAUCGAAAACAAAACAUGAUUUUGAUAGAAAUGAAGAGUACAGCCGUAAAAUCUUCGAUAACAAUAUAAAAUAUUACCAAGAAAAUAAACCAAUUCACAAAGUAAAUUCUAUCCUAAAUACAAAAAUUGGCAAAUCAGAAACUAUAUCUCCAGAUAUAAGAAUACUUUUUGAAGGUGAAGAUGAUCAUGAAAGCCCUUUUAAAUGCAGUGGUAGAACAGUGGUAACGAGCUCGCUUGGGAAACCGAGUGAAGCUUUCGAAAGACAUGUGAAGUCCGUCAAUCCGCCCUUUGGC